CAUUCCUCAGCCAGACACCAGAGAAUUCUGCCGUUCUUCCUUCAGCCACCGAGCAGCAGCUAUGAGUGCCAGAAAGCCGCCACCGUACCCUCAAUCCCUGUGUGUCGCAGUGUUGGGAACAGCAGCACAGUUAAAGAAUGACGUUGGAAAUCGGAUCCUUCACGAUAUGAAAGCAUUUCUUAGAGUCAGCAACCAUCUUACUCAAAGCACAAACCACAACUUCCAUGUGAUAAACACACCUAAUUUCUUCGACGAACACUGCCAGAGUCCCGACCAGCAGAUCAUUGACUUCAUGGCCAUCUCCCACCCAGGACCGGACCUAUUUAUCCUCGUAGUAGAUCCUGCUGAGACCGCAGAGGAGAAAGUUGUUCUUCAAAUAACCAAACUGGGAGAUAUUUUCGGUGAAGCUGUGUUUCCUCAUGUCACAGUUUUGCUACAAGAUAUAGACAGCUACCAGUCCCUCCAUCGCCUGAUGGAUCAGUUCAAAGUCACUGUGGCUUUGAACAAAGAAAACCUGGCCAGUGAAUGCCGGAAAUGGUGUUAUGAGAGAAGCUCAUUCCUCUAUCAGUACAGUGACUACAGUGAAAAGGUCGUGAAAAGAAGGAAGAAUUUCCUGGAGAACAACAGCAAGAAUCCCACAGCACUAAACAAGUCUGAACCACAAGGGCAGCAUCCAUCAAAUAUAGCACUGCCACCAAACGGGCCGUCACAUCAAGCACCCGGUACCGGUACAAAGAUAACACAAUACACCAUGGUUCUGUUGGGACGCUGUGGAGCUGGGAAGAGUGCAUCUGGAAAUACCAUUCUUAAGGCUGGCGAGCGCAAAACCACAACGCUGUUCCAAUCCGAGGCCAGCUCUGUGCCGGUGACCAAGCAGUGUGAGCCCAAGUUCACACAGUUUGGUGUUCCAGUGAGGGUAGUUGACACACCAGACCUCUUAAGUAAUCAGUUGCCCAACGUGGAACAGCAGAUCGCCCAGUGUCGGGAAUACUGUCGGAGUGAACCUUGCACCAUCUUAUUGGUGUUACAGCUGGGCCGUUUGUCAGAGAAUGAGAUGGGACUUUUGGACAGGUUUGAAACCACACUGGGCACCAGGAUUCGAGAUCGCACCAUCAUCCUUCUCACACAUGCAGAGGACCUUAAAGGUGAUGUGAGAGAAUACUUCAAUGCCUCUGCCCCACUUCUGGCAAUGGUUGAACAGUGUCACCACCGCUAUCAUCUGUUUAACAACAACUCUCCAGACCGCAAGCAGGUCAAAAACCUUCUGAAAAUGAUCCCUAACCAUGAAGCUAUUUUCAAGAACGAUGGGAAGAAAGAUGACUGUCGUUUGAGUUAGGUCUUCCUAUUUGGAGCGAGAAGAGAACCAUUAGAGGUGGGGCUCUCCCAAAUGUAUAUGAGAUAAUAUGUAUCACUUUUUUGUUCCUCGAUGUAGUUUGUUCAGUAAGUCCAUUAAGCUAACAGUUAUUCUGAGUGGGAGUCUGUUGAGAUCAAACAGAAACAUUUCACCAUAGAAAUUAGUUUAUUAGAAUUAAAAUAAUUCAUGGUGAAAUCAAGUUUUGCUUCUAGAAAUCUCACCCUUCAGCGCAGCAGAUCAGCUGAUCCCUGGCAUGAAACGUCCUGGAUUCUGUUGACUGACGGGUGUCAGCACCUGUGAUGAAGAAGGACGUCAGCUUCUGCCUGGUGGUGUUGAGAAUGAUUGACACACAAGGCACAAGGCGCCAGCCCCCAGAGCAUGUGAUUUCUAUAUAUAUAUUCUACAUAUAUUUUUUUUUGUCUUGAUGGUUUUAUGCAGGCUAUUUGUGUUAUUUUCUGUUCUUGUUGCAUUCGAGCUCAUGCUUACCACUUGAGUGAGUUUGACAGGAGACAGAUGUGACGUCUCAACAUCAACAUCAAACAUGUGAUGAUAAACAUGAUUGUAGCUCCUUCAUGUUUGGAACCCAUGUCAUCCUUGUCAUGUUCUGGACCAUUAAAAUGCUGUGUUUUUCUAUUUAUAAA